AUGGUUUUAGUUAGCAUUUUCUUCUUUUAUAUUGGUUCUGGAAUUACCUUAAGUUUGCUACGACUUGAAUGUAUCGAUGCCCUUGCAGCUAAAGAAUCAAGUCUUAGACAAAGUUCAUUAAGUAAAGUUGAGUAUGCUGUUCUGAUUUUAACUGGACCAGACAAUGAACCAAAACGAGAUGCUAUUAGAACAACAUGGAUGAAAUUUGCUAACAAUAUUUUUGUUGAAAAUGGUGAAAUGCUUUAUAAAUGGAAUCAUACUUGGACAGAACAGCAUGUCAGCCAAAGUUGUAUAAAAUUUUAUUUUGUAAUAGGAACGCAAGGUCUGACUGAGACUAAGUUGCUACGGCUAAACAGUGAAAACAAUCAGAAUAAUGAUUUACUAUUAUUAGAUAGCUUUGAAGAUAGCUAUAGAAACUUAGCAAUCAAAAUGUUACAUGCCCUAAAAUGGCUGAGUAACAACUUAAAAAACCUGAAAUAUUUAGUAAAAUGUGAUGAUGACUCCUUUGUGCGAGUUGACUUGAUUAUAAGAGAUCUAGAAGCCUAUGCACCUGAGAUGAAUGCUCAAGAAAUAAGUGACUAUGUGACAUAUAAGAAAGAUCUCCCAGCUUAUAAGGGCUUAUACUGGGGUUAUUUCGAUGGUCGAGCACAUGUCUACUUAAAUGGAAAGUGGCAGGAAAAAGACUGGUUCCUUUGUGACAAUUACUUGCCAUAUGCACUCGGAGGUGGUUAUGUAAUCUCACGGAGCAUUGUCGAGUAUAUAGGAAGAAAUGCUGAUAUUUUGGGACAUUACAAUUCUGAAGAUGUCUCCAUGGGGGUGUGGACCGCUGCUUUAGAUGGUGUGAAUAGAGUGCAUGACAUCCGAUUCGACACUGAAUGGAAGACUCGAGGAUGCUCAAUACAAAUGUUAGUGCGUCACAAACAGACUCCAAGUGAUAUGUUUCAACUAUACAAAACGCUUGUACACACACAUGGAGAAAAACUUUGGAUUCUAGACGCUUGUAGAAUAGAUAUCUAG